AUGGCGGCAGUGGGCUGUUGGGUGUUGUUGUUGUCUGCGGCCUUGGUUACUGUCCACUGUGAUUUCCAGACAUUAGAGCAUCUAAAGCCGACUGCGACCGACUUGGAGCAGACAAAGGCUGUGCGGGAGCUGCUGCUGCGGCUGCUUGGGCCCAGAGCCCCGGAUUUCCUGCUGACGGUGAACCGGUCGAUGCCUGGGCCCGAGCAGCGGGAUCGGUUUGAAGUGCGGUCCCUUGCCGAUGGCCGGCUAUCUGUCCUGGGUAACACCGGCGUGGCCACUGCCACUGGCCUGUACCGAUAUCUGAGCUCUUUCUGUGGCUGCCACAUCUCUUGGUCCGGCAAUCAGCUCAAGGUGCCAUCGCCGCUGCCUGUUGUCCCAACACCGUUGCGAAUUACCUCGCCGAACAGAUUCCAUUACUAUCAGAAUGUCUGUGCAUACAGCUAUUCAUUUGUUUGGUGGGACUGGGAGCGCUGGGAGAGAGAAAUUGACUGGAUGGCAUUGAGUGGCAUUAAUAUGCCAUUGGCAUUUACUGGUCAAGAAGCCAUAUGGCAAAAGGUAUACCUUUCAUUGGGCUUCAAUCAAACUGAGAUAGACAACUUUGUUGUUGGUCCUGCAUUUCUUGCAUGGAGUCGUUUGGGGAAUAUGCAUAGCUGGGCAGGACCAUUGCCAGCCUCCUGGAACAAACGCCAAUUGAGUCUACAGCACCAGAUUCUUCAGCGGAUGAGAUCCUUGGGUAUGUUGCCAGUCCUUCCUGCCUUCCCUGGAUUUGUUCCUGGUGCCAUUAAAAGAUUGUUUCCCAAAGUAAACAUCACUAGGCUAGGGAGCUGGGCACGUUUGAACUGUUCUUACUCUUGUUCUUUUCUGUUGGAUGCCAACUCCCCACUCUUUCAACAAAUUGGCAUGAUGUUUCUGUCUGAACUAACAAAAGAAUUUGGUACUGACCAUAUUUACAGUGCAGAUAUAUUCAAUGAAAUGAUCCCAAGCUCUUCUGACCCUAAAUAUUUAUCUACUAUCAGCAGUGCAGUCUUCAAAUCAAUGACACAAGUGGACCCUUUAGCAAUUUGGCUCAUGCAAGGUUGGCUAUUUGUGAAUGCACGAUCAUUUUGGCAGCCGACUCAAAUCAAAGCUUUCUUACAUGGAGUGCCAUUGGGAAGGAUGAUUAUUCUUGAUUUAUUUGCUGACAGUAAUCCAGCAUAUACCUUCACUGAAUCUUUCUAUGGACAACCUUUUAUAUGGUGCAUGUUGCAUAAUUUUGGUGGCAACACAGGAAUGUAUGGAACAGUAGACACUGUCAAUAAAGGUCCUUUUGAAGCUCUGUCUUCUCCGAAUUCUACCAUGGUCGGCACAGGAAUAACACCAGAAGGAAUUGAACAGAAUGAUGUUGUGUAUGAGCUAAUGAAUGAAAUUGGCUGGUGCCAAAAACCUUUAAACCUCACAAAAUGGGUUAUGUCUUACGCACAAAGACGGUAUGGAAAGAAAAAUGAUGAUGCUAUAGCUGCAUGGUUGCUGCUAUUUCAAAGUGUCUACAAUAAUACUUCGUAUCGACGAGAUCAUAACCGAAGUCCGUUGGUUCACAGACCUUCUUUGAAACUGGAUACUUCUUUAUGGUAUAAUAAAAGUGAUGUCUAUGAAGCAUGGAGACGUAUGCAAGCAGCUGCUUCUGAUCUGUUCUUUAGCGAGACUUUCAGGUAUGAUCUUGUUGAUGUGACAAGGCAAUCUGUUCAGCUCUUGGUAUCAGAAUUUUAUGAAGACCUCAAGAAUGCAUUCUUAAAACAUUCCAUUAUAGGGCUGCGUACCUCAGGAAAUGUUCUAGUCAAUAAUUUACUACCACAACUUGAUAGUCUCUUGUCCAGCGACAGACACUUUAUAGUCGGCCACUGGUUACAAACAGCUCGGUCCUUGGCAACAAAUGAGGAAGAAGCAGAACUAUACGAAUUCAAUGCCCGAAGUCAAAUUACUCUUUGGGGACCAGGUGGGAAUCUUUUGGACUAUGCAAAUAAGCAGUGGGGUGGUCUGGUUAAUGAUUAUUAUGCACUGCGUUGGAAUCUCUUUGUAUCAACACUUAUUAAAUGUCUUGAGAAGGGAAUCCACUUCAAUCAAGCUCAUUUCAAUCAAAUUGUCUUUCAAGUGGAGCAAGGAUUUAUCAUCAACAAAGUAAAAUAUCCAGACAAAUCUGUGGGAAAUACCUAUGAGAUUGCAAAAGAAUUGUUCCUAAUGUAUUAUCCUCAGGCAAUGAAAAGAUUGAUUAAUCACAAAUUCAAUCUUGAUAUGCACUGAUUCUAAGUUCUUUUAAAUGAUAUAUACCAAGUUACAUACUGGUUCACUUUAUUGAGUAAAUGAUGCACUUGAAAAAAAUUUAUAAAAAUUCAAAUUACUUUUUGGGGAUUAGGUGGGAAUCAUUUGGACUAUGCAAAUAAGCAGUGGGGUGAUCUGGUUAAUGAUAUUACACACUGUGUUGGGAUCUCUUUGUAUCAACACUUAUUUAAUGUCUUUAGAAGAGAAAUAUUUAUAAAAACUCCAUUUGCUUUGUGCUAAUAUCUUCAACAAUAAGGAGUAAGAUUUUAACCUAUUUUUGUUAAUAUUAUCUGUCCAAUGAAUUCUGCAUGGUUUAGCCUUUUGAAAUCUUCGGACUUUUCAGUACUAAUCAUCUCUGUUUGUUGAAAAUAUUUUCAACCAACUAAUUUAGUCAGAUACAUGGCCUAGGGCCCAAUUACACUGAACAGCUGGCAAUUGAACCCAAAUUUUCAAGGACAUUUCAGGCAUGUUGCCUAAACUAAGAUUUUCAAGAGUGCCCCUAAGUAAAAAUGAUCACAAUUUUGCUUUCAUUUUAAAGGAGAGAAGAGGGAAUUGAAGGUGAAUAUUUUAAACUCUAAUAAGGACAUUCGUGAGGGUAUGAUGUUGGGAAAUUAGGUCAAGGGAUAAGUCAGUAGAUAUGCAGUGCCAACAAUAAGGGAGAUUUUAGAGCAUUCUAAAAGAUUAUCCAGACAAAAUAUCCAGACAAAUCUGUGGGAAAUACCUAUGAGAUUGCAAAAGAAUAUCCAGAUUAGAAGAUUAUUAUAAAACUAGGUUAUCUAUAAAGAAUGAUAAAUGUAAUCUAAGGGGUUUUAUAAAGUAUGCAAAUGGGAAUGAGGAUUCGGUGGAGGAGAUCCUGUUGGAUCCGGUGACGGUGGACGAUGUCAAUCGGGCCAUUAAGGCGAUGGACGUCGGCACCGCCGCCGGACCCGACAGGAUAACCUUGAGAGAGAUAAUUGGAAUUUUUAAUAAGGAUAACACCAUGCUACCCAGACUAUAUACUUUAUGGAUUAAAAACGGUGACAUCCCAGAGCGGCUAAAACUGAGUAGAACAGUAUUAAUUCCCAAAGUUAAUAAUAAAGAAGAACUAAAAGACAUUAAUAAUUGGAGGCCUAUAACAAUAGGCCCCAUUUUAUUACGAUUAUUUACAAAAAUUAUGGCGGUAAGGUUAAAUAGGAUAGUUAAACUUAAUAAUAGACAAAAAGGUUUUAUGGCCGGAGUGGCAGGCUGUGAGGAGAAUAUCAAAAUUCUAGAGAAUAUAAUGAAAGGAGUUAGGAAGAAAAAGAAAGACCUAGCUGUGGUCUUUGACCUGGCUAAGGCUUUUGACACAGUAGGCCAUAAAUUGAUUUUAACUGCCUUAAGGCGAAUCCAUCUUCCGUAUUUAUUUAUUAAUUAAAUUAAUAGCCAGUCUCUAUGAGAAUAAUUUUACGCAGAUAGAGGGCUUUAAAUGCAAAACAGAUAAAAUAAGUAUUUUAAGAGGAGUUAAACAAGGUGAUGCCCUAUCACCUAUCCUAUUUAAUAUAGUAAUGGAUCCCCUCAUAGCCACCAUUGAGGAAAGAAAGAAAGGGAUAUUUCUAGGGACAGAUGGCAGAAGUAAUCACUGUGCUACACUGGCUUUUGCUGACGACAUUGCAUUAGUCAGUGAGUCUUAUGAGUGGAUGAAAUACAAUUUAAAGUUAGUUGAGAAAUUCUGCUUGAGUACAGGGAUGGAAAUCAAUGUUAAAAAGACUAAAGGAUUCUAUUUAACCGUUAAAAAUAAGACAAUAAUUUUUAAUAAAGCAAAAUUCUAAGGGAAGCACAUACCAUCCACAGCUAACAAAGUUAAAGAUAUAUCCAGCUGAAAGCCUAUAAUUCUGCAAUGAUAAGAGUAAGGUUAGAAAAUUGGAUGGAAUAUUAAAAACAGCAAAGAAUAACCAACAUUAAUAAGGAAAGGGAAAUUAGAGUAUGAGAGAAAGCCAGCCAGAAAUAAAAAAAAACAAAUAAUAAAAGUUUCAAUAGGUAUUUAGAAACAAAAUGGAUAAAUAAAGAAUAUUGGUCCUCUAGAGACAGUGUCUAGGGAAUUAGUAAUAAAAUAUAGGGAAGUUGCAGAUGAAUUGAACAAAUAUUUUGCAUCUGUCUUCACUGUACAGGAUAAAAUUAACAUCCCAAACAUAAUGAUGAAGUCUGAAUCAUAAAGGGACUUAAGAGAAUCCUGUACUCAGAUUCCUAACGUUAACAUGUAGAUUCAUUUAGCAGUCAGGAAGGCUAAUGUAACGUUAGCAUUACGUUCAAGAAGGAUAGAAUACAAGAGUAGCAAUGUACUCCCGAGGCUGUAUAAGAAUCUGGUCAUAUUCCAAUUGAAGUAUUCUGAGUGGUUUUGAGCACCACCUCUAAGGAAGGAUCUGCUGAUCUUGGAGGGGGUGCAGAGGGGAUCCAGAGGAGAUUUACAAAAAUGAUUCCAGAGAUAAAGAACUUUUCAUAUGAGUGAUUGAGAUUCUGGGUUUGUACUUGAAGUUUAGAAUGAUGAGGGUAGAUUUCAAUGAAACUCUCAGAAUAGAAUGGACAUAGAGAAGAUGUUUCCACUAGCAAGAGAGACUAGGAUCCAAGGAUGCAGCAUCAGAGGCACAACCCUUUUGAAAUGAGAUGAGGAAUUUCUUCAGCCAGAGGGUAGUUAAUCUGUGUAACUCAAUGCCAUUAAGGAUGUGGAGGUCAAGUCAUUGAGUGUGAUUAAGGCAGAGAUAGGUUCUUGAUUGGUAUGGGGAUCAAAGGUUACAGGGAGAAGGCAAGAGAAUGGGGCUGAGAGACAUAUAAGACCAUAAGACAUAGGAGUGGAAGGAAGGCCAUUCAGCCCAUCGAGCCCACUCUGCCAUUCAAUCAUGGCUGAUGGGCAUUUCAACGCCUCUUACCCGCACUGUCCCUGUAUCCUUUAAUUCCUUGCAAGAUUAAGAAUUUAUCAAUCUCUGCCUUGAAGACAUUUAACGUCCUGGUCUCCACUGCGCUCCAUGGCAAUGAAUUCCACAGGCCCUCCACACUCUGACUGAAGAAAUGUCUCCUCAUUUCAGUUUUAAAUUGACCCCCUCUAAUUGUAAGGCUGUGCCCAUGGGUCCUAGUAUCCCCACCUGACAGAAACAAAUUCCCAGCGUUCACCCUUUCUAAGCCAUACAUUAUUUUGUAAGUUUCUAUUAGAUCUCCCUUCAACCUUUUAAACUCUCUAAUAAAUACAAUCCCAAGAGCCUCAGCCGUUCAUCGUAUGUUAGGCCUACCAUUUCAGGGAUCACCCGUGUGAAUCUCUACUGGACACGCUCCAUUGCCAGUAUGUCCUUCCUGAGGGUGGGGACCAAAACUGGACACAGGAUUCUAAAUGGGGCCUAACCAGAGUUUUAUAAAGUCUCAGUAACACAUCGCUGCUUUUUACAUUCCAACCCUCUUGAGAUAAAUGGCAACAUUACAUUUGCUUUCUUAACCACAGACUCAACCUGCAAGUCAACUUUUAGAGAAUCCUGGACUAGCACUCCCAGAUUCCUUUGUACUUUGGCUUUAUGAAUUUUCUCACCGUUUAGAAAAUAGUCUGUCACUGUAUUCUUUUUUCUGAAGUGCAAGACCUCUCAUUUGCCAAUUCUUGGACCACUCUCCUAAACUGUCUAAAUCUUUCUGCAGCCUCCCCACAUCCUCAGUCCUACCUGCCUGUGUAUCAUCAGUGAACUUCACCAGGAUUCCCCCAGUCCCUUCAGCCAGAUCAUUAACAUAUAAAAUGAACAGCUGCGGCCCCAACAUUGAACACUGCAGGACACCACUUAUCACUAGCUGCCAUUCUGAAAAAGAACCUUUUAUCUCAACUCUCUGCCUUCUGUCAGACAGCCAAUCCUCAAUCCACAUCAGUAGCUCACCUCGAACACUAUUGGCCCUCACCUUACUCAGCAGCCUCCCAUGAGGCACCUUGUCAAAAGCCUUUUGGAAGUCUAAGUAGAUAACAUCCACUGGGUUUUCCUGGUCUAACCUACUUGUUACCUCUUCAAAAAAUUCUAAUAGGUUUGUCAGGCAGGACUUCCCCUUACUAAAUCCAUGCUGACUUGUUCUAAUCUGACCCUGCACUUCCAAGAAUUUAGAAAUCUCAUCCUUAACGAUGGAUUCUAGAAUUUUUCCAUCUUUUGUCUUGAUCCUUUCUUGAACAAGGGGGUUACAACAGUGAUUUUCCAAUCAUCUGGGACUUUCCCUGACUCCAGUAAUUUUUGAAAUAUUACAACCAACACCUCCAUUAUUUCUUCAGUCACCUCCCUCAGAUCUCUAGGAUGUAGCCCAUCAGGGUCAGGAAAUUUAUCAAGUUCUAGACCUUUUAGCCUUUCUAGCACUUUCUCUUUUGUAUUGGCUAGCAUACUUAACUCUGCUCCUUGACUCCCCUUAAUUGUUGGACUAUUACUCAUGUCUUCCACUGUGAAGACUGACACAAAGUAUUUAUUAAGUUCUUCAGCUAUUUCCUUAUCUCGCAUUACUAGCCUUCCUGCAUGAAUUUGGAGCUGCCCAAUUUCGACUUUUCCGUCUCGUUUGUUUCUUAUUUAUUGAAAAAAACUUUUACUGUCAUUUCUAAUAUUACUGGGUAACUUACCUUCAUAUUUGAUCCUCUCCUUCCUUAUUUCUCUUUCUUUUCCUCUGUUUGUUUGGUUUUGUAGUUUUCCCAAUCUUCUGAUUUCCCAGCGCUCUUGGCCACUUUAUAGGCUCUUUUUCUAGGAUACAUUUUCUGACUUUCUUUUUCAGCCAUGGCUGUCUAAUUUCUUCCCCCAGCAUGCUAAGAAAUUACUUGCUCAGCUGGUGUUCCCUAUUUCUGAAUGAUCUUCGUGGUGAUUUCAGUAUAAAAUGUGAUUGUUCUUCUGGAGGAGUGACCUGAAGAACCACUUAUAUUAUUUCCUAAUCAAGCGAUGUCUGCAAAACCCCAGAGUAAUAAUGCAUGAUUGGCAAGUUACUAAUCAGUGCAAAAUUGAAAGACUUUGAAAUAUUGUGUGCCUUGUCCUUUUUUGCCUUCAAUUAUAAUCACCAUUGGCCAUAAUGUUUUUCUCUUUAAAGUGAAUCUCUGCAGAGAGAUUAUUUCUCCCCUUUUACGUGAUGUGUUUGUGUACUUUGGGUUAUUAAGAAGGGUAAACAAUUGUGUUUUAAUUUUUCAUAUUGUGUCAACCAACUC